AGCCUCUCUUCGCACCGCCUCUCUCUCUCUCUCUCUCUCUCAUCACCGCUCUCUCUCUCUCAUCACCGCCGAGCACGAGCCGAGGGUUCCGCCGCUUAAUUUACGGACGGUUUCUUACAGACUCAGACCAACUCUUGCAUUGUCUGGAAAGGACAUGGAGGAGGAUUCAAGGCCGGCGCCGCCGGAUCUCGCCGCGGGGGAGGCUUGCAGGAACGAGUUGACUCGGACGGACUCUGGCUCGUCGUCCGUCACCGUCCAUAUUUCGAAGAAUUUCGUUCGGACAAAAAAUGUCGCAAGACCGAGCAUGGCAUGGACGAAUGCGAAGCACAAUUCGUAUCUAGCUUCUUUGGAAGCAUCAUUUGUUAAGGAGUUGCAUCAGUCCUUGGGUUUACUCUCCUCGCACUCAGAAUAUUCUGACCAGUUCACAGUUUUACAAGAUGGCUUUUCACGGAGAAUCAAUUUUGAGAGAAACCAGCCUUUACCAUAUAAUGCAGCUGGUUCUCAUUUUGUAAAAGAAAGGUCAUGGAUGCAACGGUUUAGAUGUUCAGGUAAACACAACAACAUAUCAGUUAAUUUGCAAGAAUGCAGCUCAUUCUGUAGUGAGGAAAUGCUGUCUGGGAGGAAGAGGAUUUUCACCCACCGAUUAUCAAUUUCUGGACGGCCAUGCGUAUGCCGUGAAAGCCAACUGGAUGCAGUUGGCAAUAUUGCAGAGGUUUCGGACCAGAACUUUGUGGAUGAAGACCAAGAAGAGAAGUCACUCAGUUUGUCCAAGCCAAAAAGGUUGAAGAUGGAUGCAGCUGACUCUUCAACCAACGAUCAAAUAGUGCCCUCUGGGGAUAUGUUUUCUGUGGAAAUUGCAACAGCUGGUAACAAUUUAUUAGAAAGAAAAGAGCAGGUGGAUCGUAAAUGUCAUUCAGAUAACAUCGACAGCUUAUUCGCCCAGGAUGUGAUGUGAAAUCCUUUGUACGAGAGCUGAGCUGUGACUUAAAGUUUGAUAGGUUAUUGCAAAUUGCAAAUAGAUGCACCUAACUUAUGAAGGAUGAAGCUUUUGGGUGUCCCAUGGAUGACAUAUGUGUAGUUGGAUAAAAACUAAAAAGAGUCAGAUAUGCUAGGUUUAUUGCUCUAGCGUAGUCAAACUGCUGCCAUAAAUUCUUUGAUUCAGUAUUUACCAAUAAGAUCGAUCACUCGUCUGUUUAUAAUGGUAGGAAUACAUUCGCGCAGAGAUGAAGUCGAUUACAUUUCAGGUGCUUGUAGCAUUAUGGAAGGAAUUUUAAACAGAGAACUGUCAUUAUGUGUCGUAAUUUUUCUGCA